AUGUCCAAGAAGUGGACUGCCGAGCUCGACUCAAUCCUCCUCCACGGCGUCUUCGAAGAGUGCCAGGUCUCCUUCGGCAAAGCCCUCUGCGAAAAGCUCGCUGAGCGCGUUAGAUCGGCCGAAAUUGAAGGUUUCACGGAAUGCACCCCCAAGGCCGUCGAGAACCGCCUCUACAGCUGGAAGAAGAAGAACGUCAAACCUGACACUACCAACGGUGACACUGCAGUCACGACUCCGAAGAAAGCUUCUGCUCCCAAGAAAGCCGCUGGCACGCCAAAGACUCCACGCGCUAAGAAGGGCAGUGCGAAGAAGCAGACAGCAGUAUCAGAUGAGGAGGAAGCUGGCCGUGAUGAAGAGGCCCUCAAGUCGCCAUCCGUUGGCCGUAAGCGUGCGAGCGAGAGCGAGGAGGGAGGCAAGGGCAAGAAGGUCAAGGUCGAGCCGCUUGGCGCUGGGGAGUACGAUGAGGAUGUGGGUGCUGGCGAGGCGGAUGAGGGCACUGCGGCAUUUGCUUGA